AUGGUUAAGCGUGCGAUCAGAAUUGCAAAUUGUUCAGGAGCAUAUAUGGAUUCUCCUUUCCAAAUGUACAGACAAUGUACUUCAGGUCCAAUAGAUGCUGUCACUGGUGAUUGGUUAGCAGAAUUGAAUAUAGCGGCGAGAGCUGAAACUUACAAAACUGGUCAACAUCCAGGAUGGGAAAUUAAUUGCGAAAAAGGUAUAUUGAUGUCCCUUGAAGUGCUCAAUCAAAGUAGAAUCAAAUGUGUCGUGAAUGGAGGAGCACAAAAUCCAAAAGGACUAGCUGAAUUAAUUUUCAAAGAAGUACAAAAGAACAACUAUAACUUGAAGGUCGCUUAUAUAGCUGGUGAUAACCUCGAAGAUAGACUUGAUGAUAUUUUUACGGAUAAUGAAGAUAAAAUUCAUCAUUUUGACGGCUCCAAUGAACAUGUCAAAUUAGACAAAUUGCUUGAUAGUGAUUUCACAAAGAUGAUAUCUGAAAACAACGUAGUCAGUGCCAACGCGUACUUAGGUAGCAGAGGUAUUCAAAAAGCUUUAAAUGCUGGUGCUGACAUUAUCAUUUGUGGCAGAGUUUCGGAUGCAUCACCGGUCAUUGGACUUUGCGCUUGGUGGCACGGAUGGGAAGAUACUGACUAUGAUAAGUUAGCCUGUUCUCUUAUUGCGGGACAUUUGAUAGAAUGUUCUGGUUAUAGUACAGGCGCCAACUUUUCAGAUUUUGAUAAAUACCCCAAAGAAAAUCUCAUUGAUCUCGGAUAUCCGAUCAUUGAAGUGGAAGAUACUGGUUCAAUAGUAAUCACCAAGCAUGAUACUUUAAACGGACUAAUCAAUUUAGAUAUUAUUAGAAGUCAUUUUCUAUAUGAAUUGCAAGGUGAAGCCUAUCUUAAUAGUGAUGUUAUUGCUCAUACUGGCAAAAUUUCCAUACAUGAAAUUGGAAAAAACAGAGUAAAAGUUACAGGAAUUAAAGGGUCUCCUCCACCCCCAACAACAAAAUUUGCUGUCUUUUACAAAGGUGGCUAUGAAUUACAAUUGCUCAUUUUUGCAACUGGUAAUAAUGCCCAUUAUAAAUUUGAUUUACAAAAAUCACAAAUUUUGCAUGCUUUGAAAACCAAAGAAGGAGUCCGUAAACCGUGUGAUGAAUUCGAUGUCCUUGAAUUUCAGAUACUUGCAACACCAGCAGUUCCAACCAUUGAACAUCCGUUCAGAAAUCAGAAUUCUGCAACUAGUUUAAUGCGUAUAUUUGCCCAAUCAACAAAUAAAGGGUUACUUGAAAAAUUAAAUAGGGCCAUGAAUCAUUAUGCAAUGCAACAUUUCGCAGGAUUCUGUAAUAUGCCUCCAGGUCCUAUAAGCGAAUACCUAGCAUAUUUCCCAUGUAUUAUCCCUCAAUCAUAUAUUGAAGAAAGAGCUAUUAUUCUUAAUGAUGACUUAGUUCUUGAUGCUGGUAUAGCGCCAAAUUUUAAAGAAUUUGGUCCUAGGGUUUCAUAUGAAUCUGAGACACCGCUAACUCAAGUAAUAUUAGAUACGAAAUUUGGUCCAGUUAUCGAGUCAACAUUAGACACAUUUGUUCAAACUCGCUCGGGUGAUAAGGGUGCCAAUGUAAACAUUGGUCUUUUUGUUAAGGAGGAAGAUGAAUACGAAUGGCUCAAGUCCUAUUUCACAAAGGACCGCCUCAGAGAAUUGGUUUACGAUGAUUGGAAGGAUGAUUUGUUUACAGAAAGAGUUCAAUUCGAUGAAAUCAAAGCCGUUCAUUUUGUAAUCUACGGUAUUCUUGGCAGAGGUGUUAGUUCUAGCUCUCGUAUUGAUAAUUUAGGAAAAGCAUUCGGCGAAUUCGUAAGAGCACAAGCUGCUUUUAUCCCAAAGAAGUUUGUAGAUAGGUAUGCAGGAACGCAACACGCAAGUUUUAAUAUUUCACAUUAA